AUGGCAACUAGUGAUGAGAACAGCGCACUGGAGCUUGCAGCCGGUAGAGAAGAGGAUGUCAGUCUGUAUAUGUCUCUGAACCGCUCUUCUCUUUCUCUCUCUUUCUCUCCUUUCUUUCUCUCUCUGUCUGUCUCUUUCUCGUCGCUUUCGUUUGGCCGCUUUUUUUCCUUUGGUGGUUGGAAAGAAGUUUUGUAUGAGGGAAAGGGAGGCAACGAGAGAGAAGUCAAGGAGAUGAUUACUGGAUGGUUACUUUGGCUACGGGAGCAGAAGAGCAGCAGUUAG